UCGAAGCAACGAAUGCUCUCUCAACUUCUCUUUUCCAUUGAGUGAUAAUAUAUAUCGUGCCUCUCUUCUCCAAAAUCGACGACUUUCUCGCAAUAACGAAUCUUUGCCUCAGCUACCUGCUGUCCUCUGAGUAACCCACCAAUAGGUAGAAGAAGUAUGCCGUCCGCGCCUUUGAGUUGCCCGGUCCAGGUGUCAGACUACCCGAAGCUCGACUCCAAACAGGCAGGCCACUUGCGACAUUUCCACAACUUGGUGUCCCAACCUGACGGCGAGUGGCAUCACUUUGGAAGCCUUGAAGGUCAACAAGAAUGGGACGAUGCAUAUCGAUAUCAACUAGCCACCAUGGCCUAUGCCGCUGGUGUGACGCACUAUCAUCGUCUCCCUGCCAUGAGGGUUGCUUUUAAAACUCUGAUGCGCCGCAUGAUCCACAAAAUGCUUCGACGUGAAGUCUGGGGAUACUGGUUCAACACUAGCCUUGGAGGUACACUUCUCGACCCGGACCUCAAGGAGCUUCGGAAACCAUGGAUCGACCCUGUCAUCAACGAGAACAUCAUGUACAGUGGACAUCUCCUGCUUAUGACCAGCUUGUAUGCAAUGCUAUUUGAUGACGACGAAUUCGAGAAGAAAGGAGGUCUCACCUUCACCUGGAACCCUCUCUUUUGGGGCUUGGGGAAGGGGGAGUUCCAAUACGACAAUCGAAGCCUGCAGGAGGUGAUUUUCAAGCAGAUGAGAGAGAAUGACUGGGUGGGAGUAUGCUGUGAGCCGAAUGCCGUGUUCGUCGUUUGCAACCAGUUUCCUAUCAUCGCCAUGAGGUAUAACGACGUACGUGAUGGAACGAACAACAUCGAAGACGUGUUGGAGAAGUACGAGGCAUCGCUGGUCAAGAAAGGAAUGUUAGCGGACGACGGUCUGUACGCAGCCUUCUUUGCACUCAAGCAAGGCAAGGCUGUUCCUGCCAGACAGGGCGCUCAUACGGCCUGGGCGAAUGCGUUCAUGAAUAGUUGGAACUCGGAGAAGGUGCACUCGCUCUAUGACAAACAAGUCCUCGGCUUCUUGACCACAGCCGAUGGAAAGACACAACUCAAUCCCACCGGGGUCGCCAUGGCAUUCCGAAAACUCGUGCUGGAAGGUGGUGAGGACCCUCAUAGCGUGGAGACGCUGCAAAAGGCUCGUGAAAACUCUUCGAAAUUCGUGAACCCAGCUCUGCCAUUCCAAACCGUCAGCUGGGGACUCUUUACUAUGAUGCUAUCAGAGCUUGGUAAAACAAAAGAGCUCAACGAUCUCCUCCAUUUCGCGGACACCCAUCUCAAACCGACGUGGGAAAAUGGCGGGUUGUACUACCCACGAAACGAUCAGCUUCUUGAUGAUGACCAGAACAUGAUCCAUGUAGAACCACAUUCCGGCAAUUCAGGGCUUGGCUAUGCUCGCCUGAACGUCCCUGACGGUCAAAAGAAGAUGUGGGAGAAACCUUGGACAAGGUCCGUGCUUACAAGUCGCCCUUGGGUGGACAGACUGAACUUUGCCGAUGGAGUGGACUUCUUGAGAGGCACAUGGGAUGAUGGUGCGGACGCCAUGAUCAUCACUUUGAGAAGCUGGACAGGGUCUCAGGAUGUCACCCUUAGCAUCAGAAACCUUCCCAAGGGCGACUGGGCAGUUUAUGUUGAUCAGAGACUGAAAGAUACAGUAGCCCUGGGGGAUGGUGAAGAGCUGACAGUGACAGAGAAGGUUGGGGAGGAUGAGAUUGACAUUAUUGUUGCCUCCAUGUAGUAUAUGCAGGCAUGACAACGAGGGAUCUUCGUAGAGUGGUAGAAGCACCGAACCAGAUCCGUCAAGCCUGUUUCAAGAUUAUUUGGCGCAGUCUGACCUUGGACGCCUGUCAAGCUUGAAUGCAGUGACAAAGGAGAGUUGCCCAAGGCUCCGAUGCCGACAACAUCCACUCUGGAUCUGCGGAUUGGUGACACAUGGGAAUGCCCGUGGAAAAGUUGAAUCAAGUCAA